CACCGCCAGAAGUCUCUACGGCGAAGCGGAAGGAGGAAUUUGCCUUGUGCUUUGAACGGCUGGGCGAGAGAGUGUUUGAAUAUCUGCCGCGGAAACAAUCACGGCAAUCGAGGCCUUUUCUAGGGCUAGGCCGACAUCCCUCCUUUUCCUCGUCGUUUCUUUGGGUGACCUCCGCUCAUUACAGACGAUACUGCUAUAACGAGGAACCCUCUCUCCCGUAACCUCUCUAGUGAAGGCUUCGGUUGCGUGAGGCCGUUUCGCUGCAAGCACCAGGGCUGCACUCCCACAGCAAGCGAAGAGCCCCUGAGCCGUUAUAAAGUGCUCUGGGGUGUAUCUGAGACCUACUAAGAAGCUUUUAACAGGAUGAAUUGGGACACACAGCUAAGCUCUAUACUGACUGCAACAGAUGCCAACAUGGCCAAGGUUAAGCAUCGUCUGAAUCCAGCCAGUGUACCUUCCAAAGCUGAUUUGUUGCUGGACAGAAUAAACCCAGAGAGUGCUGUUCAGACUGACUCACCACCCCUACAUUGCACAUGUGCUGCUCACCACUGCUGCAGAAUGGCCACUGAGAAGCUGUCAGCCAUCAGCAAGCAGCUGCAUUCACAAGCCCAGGACAUAGAAUCCCUCACUCAGGCUGUACAUCAACUGAAACAGGAGAAAGAACUGCAGCAGCACAGCAUCAGUCGUCUAAAGGAGGAGGUGAAUCGAUUGCAGCACAACCCCUACAGUGGCUUGGAAUCUGUACUGGGACACAAAAUGGAAGGGCUAAGGAGUGAGCUCCGUAACCUUCAACAGCAGAUGUUUCAGCAGUCAGAUGGUGACUGCAUCCCGGAUCUGUAUUCUGUUCCUGGCAUUGUUCAAGAGAUGCUGGAGAGUAAGAAAGGCCUGUGGCAAGAGGAUGAGACCAUCAGAAGAGAAGUGAAACAUCUGAAACAAAAACUUGAUCAGCAUGAGGAAGAUCUGGUCAAUCAAGUGUCUGCGACUCAUGAGAUUAGGAGGACUCAAACCCAAUACUGUAAGAUGCUGGAAGAUCUAAUGAACAGUCAUAAAACUCAGAGUCAGAAUUUGGACAGAGCUAAGAGUGAGACGUGGAGCACCCAGCAGGAACUCAAUAAUGUCAAAUUCACAGUUACAAACCUAAGGGAACAAGUGAAAAGUCUGCAUGCUGAGGACAAGUGGUGUGCUGUGCCACUGAAGGAAGAAAGCAUCCAUCUAAAGAAAAAGAAUGAAUUACCGCACAAUGAUGUCUUCUCAUCCCUUCUGUCCGAUGAUUCAGCCUCUGAGCUCAGUCUAACUGAUGUCAGCUCAGAUGACCUCUUCAGUGGACUGGAAAUUGCAGAACUUGCUGAUGACGAGAUUUCCAUGCCAGGCUCAGAGAUGGAGAAAAGCACCCCUGGAGGGAAGGCGAGUAGCAUGUUGAAGGAAGCAGAGCUUAACAGUGAGCUGUCCAUCAGUCUACCUGAGCUCAGUUUGAACAAUCUGUAAAGGUUCACCAAAGUCUGGCUCAUUCUUUCUAACACGAAAAAUUAAAACUUAUGAUCUCCUCUCCUGUAUGCUAAUCUGGGUUUUGUAUGUAUGCAACCUGAGGUGGAAAGAGGUGAUAGCUUGAAUCUGUUCAAGAUUGAAGACUAAAUGACUUGUUCAAAGACAAUGAACAAGUAGGUGUUGCAGCAAAUGCUGGUAGUUAAACCCCCAUGUUUGCUUUCAUGAGGAGCAGCCAUGAAUAGUCAGAAUGGACUUUAUUAAAGAAACACAUACAUGUAGUACUUUGUUUCCCCAUGAGGUUUCAGAAAGGAGAAAAACUUCUGCAGUCCUUGAGAUGGAGAUGAUACAGAUCAGGAUCAUAGAUGGAAAGGAAAGAGUAACACAUGUAUACACCCAUUCUAUAUCCUGUUCAGGAUAACGAUGACAGGAAAUUUGUGAAUUCAUCCACCAUUUCCUGGACCACCUUUGUUCUAGAUUGUUCUGCUUAGGUCCCCAAGACAGAACAUGAAAAAUGUUCUCCUGUCACCUUUAUCCUAAACAGCGUACAGUGUCUCUCAGGACUAGUUUUCCAUGUUUAAAAAUCACAUAUAAUGUAAUUUUCCCCAUAGCUUCACUGUGGUGGCAUUACCUAGUACAGUCUAAUUGUGACUUUUGUUUAGUCUUAUGAGCACUAGGACAGUAUCUGAGAGUUCACUGACAGCUCCUUCCUCCAGAUGCUUGUUGGUUUGCCCCAAACAGAGCUCUGGUGGUACUGCUGAUUCAAACCUGGAAAUAAAUAACAGGCCUGGAUGUACAACUUGCUGCAGAAUCCUUCUGUUUACUUUUGGAUGACAGUGUUUUAGUUAAGAUGUCUCAUUAGUUUGAUCUAAAAUUGCAGUUAUGAUUCUAUGUUUUCCUUACCAAGGUUCAAAUUAGUAACACCACUUCAUUCCAACAAAUGCAGAGUCCUCAUCCCGUCUUAAUCUGGCUGCUUAAUGUAGUUACCUGGUGUGUGUUGAUGAUAGACCCAGGUCAAGAUAACAAAGUUACUUUGAGUUCUGGGGAGAAGUAUUAUCCAGAUACAAAUUCAUGGAGCCCUCUGACAUCAAUGAAGAAAGCUAUGUCCUUCAGUUUCAAAAACUGUUAACGAAGCAAGCCUGUGUGGAAACCUUGAAAGAACUGGCUGGAGAAAGCAGCAUGUCAAAUUUAAGGGGGCGGGGAAUCUCUUCAGAAAUAAAAAGGAUUAAAGAUGGGAGAACGAAGGGAAAUUAGACCACAGGAUCAACAAAUCUUCAUUUCUAGUUCAAAGAGUGCUGGUAAGCGGCAGCUGCUCCCAGAGCAGCUUAGUUCUAGGCAGUUCAUAACACACUGGGUUGUUUUUCUAUGUUCAAAAGCAUAGAGUGAGAAGUCCUAUAUUCCUUGGAUGGAACUGUUUGUUGGGAUUAAUGUAACCAGCUGUGUUUGGCUAACAAACCCUGUAUUUAUUCACAAGCAAAUUUGAAUUUGGCACAUGGUUCACUCCUAACGCUUGACAUGGGUAAUUGCUGGAAUUUAACAUUUGAUAAGCCGACAGGAUGUGUGUGUGGAAUAAAAUUUGAGGUAGCUAAA